AUUCGGAAUCACAUUGAGUCAGAUUCAGAAUCAGCAGGAAUCAAUCAAGUGAGUCUGUGAAAUCAAGAAGAGUUUUUUCAGUUGUGCCAUUUAAUUUUUCGUUUUAAUGUUGUUUUAACACCUUAUUUGGAUACUUGAACACUUAAUUCAGGUAAUUUACCAUCCCUUCUUGGGUUUUGCAAGAAAAUCCGCAGUGAUUUCCCCGCGAAAUGGGGUGAAAAGUGCAGAAAAAUAUUAGCUCGAGAUCUGUGUCAAUUGAACCUCGUUUUCCCCACAGAGCGCCGAGAUAUUUCGUAAUAUUUGUGCAUUCGAUUGCAUUAUUUAUUAUUAUUUUUCAAGAUAAAAUUUCUUAUCAAUACUAAUGGGGGAACUAAUUGACCACCCACAAGCUCACGGAGGAAAAUCACUCGCACCGUCCCAAAGGAAAUAAUUAAAUGAAAAGCUUUUCGCUGAGAAAAAAAAUGUCAAAAGCGCCCCAGAAUAUUUACAUAAAAAUCACCUUUAGUGAGCGGAUGGAAUCCGCUUAGUAAUUCAAUAAAUGUGGGAAAAUGCCUACAUUAUUCGACUACGUACCGUCACAAUUGCAUAACACAUGAAUUUCCGCAAGCAGCGUGAAAAAAAACAGUCAAGUUUAAGGUGAAAUUCUUGACUUUGACGGUGGAAUCCUUGAACAGUUUGUACACUCAGAGAAAAACAUCGUCCAAAAAUUUACCCAUCGGGAUUACACUCCGCGCUUGGGGACCACAAAUUGUCCUUUUAAUUUUCUCUCAAUUACCCAAAAUUAGUCCUUUAAUUAUGUACGACGGUGCGACUGAAGAAGGUGGGAGAAAGAGAGAAAAAAAGCCCACAAACUUUACUGGUUCAUGGCCACAUCUAUGUAAAAGUCGUACAUAAAAUCAUUUUAGUUUUAUUUCGCUCUGUCGUGCCUUGUUUUUUUCGUUUUUACUGCCGACAUGGUGUAGUUGAAUAGAAAAUAAAUGAAUUUGCCUGGUAGAUUAUGUACAGAAAGUAAGAUGAGGGCUGUGAGACUCGGCUGUGUGCUCGCAUCUGUGAUCUUUAAUUUUUUUUUAAUCGAUUUAGAAUAAAACUUACUCAUGAUUUGUAAUAAAAAAUUAAUUAAAAAUACAGAAGGGGUGCUGUGAAAGAGCCUAAGAACAGAUAGGGGUAGCACAUUAUUUAUUAGAAUACUGUGGUACCUCAUAGUCCUCGAAGUUUCACAUCCUUACACCAGAACUGACGACUUCUGAUUUCUCAGAGACUUCAGAAACCAAACAAUUAUUUUUCUAGCUUAUUCAAACCAAGCUUAAAGUAAAGCUCCGCCCUAAUCUUAUCUGAAUACAAAAAUUUCGAACAAGAGCUGUCUGAUUGAUAGAUUCUGGCAAAACGUUAUCAAUAUGGCUAUAUCGUUCGGUUAUAGAAUGAAGUCUCGGUGCAGAGUUAAUUCUAAUUAAUUCUGAACUAGAAUAUAAAACCUAAUUUUACCGCUCUUAGCAAGGAAUAAAAAGGACAUUAUUGAUUAAAUCUGAAAAAUAAAGAAUUUAAAACUCUGAGAUAAUCAUUUUGAAGUUAUUUAAUCAUUAUGAAGACCAGAGGCACAACAGAUACCUUAAGUAUUAACCUUAACAGAUAUCUUAAAAGGACCUUAUGUGAAAAAUUGAUACUCUUUUGAAGCUCUCUUUCUUUCUCUAUAUACAUCUCUUUUUCAAAAUUGGACCAGAUCUAAAAAAUCUAAAAGUUGACCUAAAAAAAUGAAGAAAAAAUGCUUUUUUAUGAUUUUUUGACGUAGAUAUACUAAAACCUAGCUAAAACUCAAAAUCUUUAAAGAUUUGAGCCAUUUCAUCAUUUUAAAAAUGAAAAUGAUUUUGGGUUUUAGAAUUUUCUAUCGCUUUUUCUUAUAAUUGUUUAAUAAAUUUUAUAAAAAAUGAAGGUUUGUUGAAAUAAGUUAAAAUAGCAAAUAAAUAAUUAGUCAAUUGAUUACAAUAUCACCCCACUCCUUCCAGCAUUUCGUGAUUAUGAAGAAUAAAAAAGCGAAACACAUAUACAUGGUGAAAUUAUUUACCGAAAAACGAACACGCGAAAGAGAGUUGGAAGAGUCUGCCAAAAUUUGUGUCUGAAUUUCUUUGCAUAUUAUUUUGUUUAUAGUAAUAAAAUAUAUAUCCCCCAACCAGAGUGAGGGGGGUGGGGAGGGUGAGAAGUGGCUCAAGAUGCCGCGCGCACGAGAAUUUUUAAGAGAAUACAGAGAAGUUCCUCAUCUUCACGCCGGAGAGGCUUUCAAAAUAUGUAAAUUUCUCAUCAGCACGAAUGAGCACUGGCAAAGGAUAUAAUGUGAUACCAUUUCAUAGGAAGGGAAGCAGGAUGUAAGAAAAAAAAGAAAGAAAAGAAAGAAAAAGUUUAGCAGAAAAACCAAUUUUUCAUCGAGAACUCACACAGAAUAUCACAUACAUAUCCUAACAUUGUUUUUGCCAUGGGAUUUUAUUAUUCCACAGCGGCCGGCGUACAAUUAAUCAAUAAAUACUUCGAUAUUGUGUAAAAGAGGCAUAUAUGAAUUACAUAAAAAGUGAAGAAUGAUUUUAUUUUUAUACACAUUUUGAUUGACCUUUGCGUUUAAAUGGCUGAGUUUCGUGUCAAGCUGAAAACGCGAAAAAUGGUUAGCAUUAGCAUUGAUAACGAAUAUAGAGAAAAAAUUGACAUAGCUCGAGAGAGCGAACAUAAGACAGUAAAUUGUACAAUUUGCAAUCGAUCGAACAGUCAAGAAAAUAUACGUACAUCAACGAGAGACUUUGAGAUAAAUAAAAAUGAUCGUAAAACCCGCGCGCGGUAUCACAUUUAUAUUUUUAUAUUUUCAAUAAUAAAUACAACAUAUAGGUAAUAUAAAACAUAUGUAAUGGGGCGGCUUCUACGGUAUGGAUUUUCCCACCAAUUUUGCAUCAACUUUCACGACAAAGUUAAAUCAAGAUUUUAAUUAAUAUUUCUGGGCUCGUUAAGAACCCUUCGGCAGUGUACCUACGGCUUGAAAUUUCCUUAAUUUUAAUAUUUUAAUUGUCUUUUUGUUGUUCGAAAUUUAUCAUUCAAAAAUAUAUUUUUAUUUUAAAUUAAAAAUAAUUUCAUAGAAAAUAUUGAAUUUGAUAAAGUUUUGUGAAUUUCAAGAAAAUCUUAAUUUAAUUAUUUCUAAACAAAAAUUCUUUAGAAGAUUUUUAUUAUUUAUUAAUGAAUUUCAUAAUCAAAUCAAAAAAAUCUCUAAGCCUGAUGAAGGCAGCAAAAAUACCAAAAUGUAAUAAAAUUAAGAAUGUUAAGAUUCUGUUAUAGUGUUUAAUUUUUUUUUUACGCGGUUCUCAAGUUAUCGGGUUUUAAUGGAAAUAUUUAUAAUUAAUUUAAAAAAACUAAAUACUUUUCCUAUUUUUAUGCAAAAAUUGCUUAUUUGCCUAUACUCAUGGUUUUACAUACUUAUAACUCAUUUAAAAGAAAUUAUUGAGUUCCAAUUCGUAACAUAAAAAAAGUUUUACUUUCAAUUUCAUUUUAAAUAACAUUAUAUAACCUGCACGAAAAAGUUUUGGAAAAUAUUACAAGUUAUUUCCCCUAAACAUUGCCUAAAUGUAGAAAUUUUAAAAUAAUUAGACUCCCACCGUCAAAAUAAUAUGUAAUUACCUACAUAAAAUACUGUCUGUGAAAAUACUUUUUCCUGCAGACAUGUCGUAGGUAUUAAUUCACAUCUCGAGAAAAAAACGAACAUCAUUCUUCAUCAUGUAAAAUAAAGUUCGUGCUUUUUCAAUUCUCUAUUUACCAAAGCAUUAUUUAGAUCUACAUAAUUGAAGUGUGAAAUGAUAAAAUUCCUCGAAACAGAUGUUUUGUGUAUUGUAAUAUCACGUUUGUUCUUUUCUUUAUGCGAAUCAAUAGAAAAAUCAAUCCUCCACACUGUGAAUUGCGUCAGUGUUGUUAUUUUAUCUUUUUUUAUAUAUUGAAAUAAAUAAAGUUUAGAAUAAAAAUGUAAAGUUGAAGAAUAAUCUGAAUGGGUUUUUAAAGGGGUUGCAUAGCUUUGAACUAGGUAUUUAAAAUAAUGUUUUUUGGAGUAUUUGAUGAAAUAUUAUCGUGAAUGUUUUUGUGAAGACAAAAAAUGCAAUGUUGACGUCAAAGUUUGCAUUUUUAGAUAAAUCUUUACCAAAUAAUUAGUCUUUUGGACGAUAAUAGACUAAAUCUUCUUGAUUUUUUGUAAGAUGAGAACCAAGAGAAGAACUUUUUAAAAUAAAAAUUAUCUUUUUAUUUAUCGACCGUCUAAAAAGAAAAUUGAGAAGAAAUUAUAAUUUUCUUCAAGAUAUUUCCAAAAAAAAACUUCUCAAGUCUCAAAAAAAAUUUUUAAGAAUGUAUAUACCCCCUUAUUAUGGAAAGAAUGUUGAUUUUAGGCUAUGUUCUUUUUCUAUUUAAUCAUAUAUUAAUUGUAUAGUAAUUUAUUUUGCGCCUCUUGGUAGCGCAUAAAAUAUUGUGCGAAAGAUUUGCAAGUGAUCUCUUCUACAUGAGUGUGGGGGUUUUUAUUUGCAAUGUGGCAAAUCUGUGAGAGAGAGAGCGAAUUUGUGUAUAUAAUAUUGUACUACACUGCUAUAUUUACAUUUAAUGACAUUACGCAAUAUUUCAAUAAUAAAUUCAUCUCAAGCUGGCUUGUUUAAGGAAAUUCAAUUGAAAUAGAUUACUGAGGGAGAUAAUUGGAAUUAUGGGAUUCAUUUUAUUUUCAUCAUACUUGUGUGUAGGACUGGCGCAUAUGUACCUACUUACAGAUAUUCUUUUUUGCAUUUUGUUGGGGAUUUUAUUUAAAUUAAAAUUCUAUUUUUCUUGUUUAGUUUAUUACAAUGUGGGUUAAUCAGUCAGUGAUGAGUUAUACGUGAUUUUUAUUGAGGCAGCUUCUAAAGAGUUUUUUUUCUUAUGUGAUGAAUUCUUUUUUUUUGCAAAGUUCUUAUAUGCGCAAAUUAAUUCAGAGACAACCCAUAUAUACGUGUAGAUUAUGUACAACAAGUCUCAUAAUUCUAAAAUAUAUAUGUAGUGCUCUGUGUGUAUAUUUUUCAAUGGUUUAUAAGUGUAGGAUAUUUUUUUUCUUUUCUUUUUUUGAUUGAGAAUAUAAUAUGUGUGAAGUCUUGAGAAUUUUUCUUCCAACCAGCAUUUCUAUCUCACUUGUGUUUAGAAGUCUCUCUCUCUGUCUGCCAUUCAAUUGAGACUUUUUUGAGUCCUCUCUAUAGAAACACUACUUUCAAGCAACAAUUCUCGUCAGUUGCUUCUGAGCUUGGUAUCGUGUUGGAGUGUAUAUUUUUCAUUAUCACGAAUGAGAAGAAAUACAAAAAUUGUAUAUAACUAGAGAGGAGUAAAAGCCAGAGGGAAAAUUGCUCAAAAUUGUAGCAUUAAGUGAAAUAUAAAUAGGAGAGAAAGAGAGUGAUAAUUUUUUUUUCUUACUACAUACUUGAAAGUUUUAUCGGCAGUAAUAUUUUUCUGACACACGAAAAAAAAUAUAGUUUUGGUUCUCUUUAAAUGAAUAUUAUUUUUUUUAUAAAUGUACCACACAACGUAACACAUACAAUUCCAGCACUAAAAUAUAACUAUAUACAGGGACUUUGUGAAUAUAUAAUGUAUUUUAUCUUGUUAAAAUUUAUUGUGUAAAAAAACUUGGUGAUAAAAAAAUAGUCAGCAUUAAUCAACAGCAAAUAUGAAGAUGAAUUUCAAUAUUUUUCUCUGAAAAAAAAAAUCUUCGUGGAUGUUUAUUGAGUGGAGGAAAAUUUGAAGACCUCUCUUCGAAAGAUUAAUUUGAAGAACAAGAAAUUGACAACUGAAAUGUCCCCAAUGAACAGUUGGGUAGAGAAUUUGGUUUCUAUGAUGGCAGAGGAAAAUGGUGCGAGGAUUAAGCAAGAGGUCGAUACAAAUUCAUGCUGCAGUCCAUCUCCAUCAACGGGAAACAAUGCACACGGUGUCAACUUCAGAACAUCUCCAAAUUCAACUAUUGAGUACAAAGUGACGUUGCUGGAUCAUGCAAAUUCGUCACCAGAAUCACCCGAUGGCCAGUUCUGUAGCUCAACAACAUCAGCCUUGGGUGAGGUUUCGAGUGAUUCUAUUCAACAGAGUACAAUAAAAGAGGAAUUGCCAAGGAGGAUUUGCUUGGUGUGUGGCGACACAGCGUCUGGCUUUCACUACGGUGUGGCGAGCUGUGAGGCGUGUAAAGCAUUCUUCAAGCGUACCAUCCAGGGGAAUAUUGAGUACACAUGCCCAGCAAAUAAUGUGUGUGAGAUCAACAAGAGGCGCCGUAAGGCGUGUCAGGCGUGUCGCUUCCAGAAGUGCUUACGCAUGGGGAUGCUGAAGGAGGGCGUCCGGCUGGAUCGGGUGCGUGGUGGGAGGCAGAAAUACCGGCGAAAUCCCCUAAAUAGUCCAUACCAAUUGCAAUUACCUCACUCAAAUGCCAUCUCAACGGGUGGCGCAACGCUCGAGGAUAACAAAAUCCUGGAGAUGUUGUCGUCAUUCGAACCUGAUCCCCUGUGCGUGGGUCAUGGUGGGAUUGACCUCAUGAACCGGCAGAUGGAUGUGAAAGUCUUCAUGGAUGAUCGCAUGGGUGUCGAUGCUCAGGAAAUGCUUAGUGUUUUAAGUGAUUUGUACGAUAGAGAAUUAGUCAAUGUUAUCAGUUGGGCAAAACAAAUUCCAGGCUUUACAGAUUUACCUCUGAAUGAUCAGAUGAAACUCCUCCAGGGAAGCUGGGCGGAAAUUCUCAUUCUACAGCUGGCUCAUCGAUCAGUGCCAUUUAAUGGCAAAUUGUACUUUGCAACGGAUUUCUGGCUGGAUGAGAGAUCAGCAAAGGAAUGCGGUGCAGUAGAAUUGUACAGUCAUUGUGCCCUUACAAUUCAGCGCGUGGAAAGAAUUGCGGCCAGCAAAGAGGAAUAUUACUUACUUAAGGCUCUUCUAUUGGCGAAUUGUGAUGUUAAAUUGGACAAUUAUGGAGCUCUGAGGAAAUUCCGGGAGACCAUUCUCGCUGCACUCAAUGAUUGUGUUUAUGUGCUGAGGCAUAGUACAGCAGUUUCCCACCAGCAACAGCUGCUCCUUCUGUUGCCGGCUCUAAGGCAGGCGGAUCCCAUCAUCAGAAAGUUCUGGAGCCGAAUCUACCGGGAGGGGAAUGUCACGAUGAAUAAGUUAUUUCUUGAGAUGCUGGAACCUGUUUCGCGAUAAAACUUAACAAAAGAAGCAAGAAAGAAAAAGGUAAGGAAGGGAGAAAGCCUCCAAAAAUAACGAGAGAAUGAGGGAAUGGUGGAAUUAAAUAGGGGAGAGAGUUUGAACUGGGAUUUAUUUUACAUACAUGGGAUGUGAUCUUAAUAAGGAAAAAAAAAUAUAUAAAGAAAAAUAUAUAAAUUAGAGAAAGUUGAGAGCAAUAAAUUUGAUAAGAAAGAGGAAAAAAGAAUGAAAAUGAAGCAUUAGGAAAAUGGAAAAGUUUAAUAAUUUUAUCGUCGGAAUCUCUUAUUGAUUUUUUCAAUUAAAUUUUCUCUUUAAGAAUGAAAAAGAAAGGAAAUGAAGUAAAAUUUUAAUCACAGUUUAAGAAAAAAAAUAUUUGACCAGCUUCACAAAUUUAUUUAAAUAGCUUUUAAGAAAUUAAAAAAAAUUGGUAGAAAUCAUGCUUAAAAAAAUUGAGAAAAAAUUAUUGACAAAAAUUUCCAUGAAAAAAUCUUAAUAAUUUCUUAAGGAUUUUUGAAUAAAAAGAUUUAAAUAUAUUUGUCAAUUUGAGUACAAAAUGAAAAAUAUUAUUGAGAAUGGAUCAAAGAGUUUCUCUUUAUAUCGGAAAGGAGGAUUUUCCUCACAAUGGCAAUACUAAAAAAAGAAAAUAUUUAUUGUUAAAUCAUUAAUUUUUAUCUUUCAAAUAUUUCUUCAACAAAAAAAUUUUUCGUGGAGAAAAUUAUUUUUAAAAUUAAUUAAUUAAGGAAAAAAACAAGUCGAAAAAAUUGCGAUAUAGAAACACAGCGUAGGAAGAAAAUAAAAAUUUGAGAAUAAAAAAAAGAAGAAGUAGAAAAUGAAGAACAAUUGCGUUGAAAAAUUGUAAUUUGCAAGCACUGUGAUAGAUAUUAGGUGAUGUAUUUUUUUAUGUUACAGAUUGAUUUUAAUUUUUACCAAUGAAAAUAUAAUCUAAACAACAAAAGGAAAGAAUUCAAAGAAAGAAGAAAAAACAUAAAAACCAAUUUUUAAGUUCCAUGCAGUGAUUUUGAGAGGAAAGAUAAAAAAAGAAAA